AUGGGGCCCCCGGGCAAUAGGGGAUCAUGGGGCCCCUGUGUCCUCGCCCACACUCAAAUCACACACAAAAAAGCCUAUGAAAGGUACCAGGGGCAUCUCAUGGGGCCCCCUACUGACCCCGGGCCCUCGGGCAGUGCCCAAGUUUCCAAAUGGUCAGUCCGCCCCUGGUCGGUUCUGUUACAGUCAUAUUUCAUAUUUUACCCAAACAAUUGGGUAAUAUAUUGUGUCCUUCUGCAUUAAAAUGAACUUUAGUGUAUAUUUUACUGGAAAUAUGAGUGGAAUAAAGAGUUGUGCUAAUA